AUGGCGGACAGCAGCUCAACUGAAAGCAGUUCUACUUCUGGGUCCGAUUAUUCCGAUUUUGAGCCCUUUAUAGAGGGUGAAGAUAAUGAAAGAAUUUAUGAACCUAUUAGUGAAAUUAGGCCCUGGCGAUUUGAACCGCCAGGACGAACCGAGAAUACAGGGCGAGAGUUGGAAGAGAAUCAAGAGCCCGUGCGCCGCGGCCGCCUCAAUCAGGAAAGUGACGAAUGGUGAGUACGAUACGUUUUUAAAUAUAGUGUCUGAAAAUCAGUCGCUUAUUAAAUAUAGAAGCGAUCAGGUAAAUCAAAACCAAAUGUGCAGACUCUUGAGUAGCUUGGAAGCGAAGUGGUUUAUGCUACACGCAGGCACCUUCCGAAGCUUAGGUUUCACAGACUGAAAAUAACACGCUUGUGGAGGUGAAUUGGAUGGAUUAUUCACGUUUCCUCGCGAUUGAAUCGGUUUUAAGUUUUCCUGUGUUGAAUUUGGCGAACGAUUAUAGAUUUCUAGGCUUUUACUUUAAAACACGAUGCAGCGAAAAAUAGCAUUUGCACAUGUAGAAUUGAACAAAGUCUUCAUAAUAACUUAUUGUUGAUUUGUGGUCUUUGCACCUUGUUUAUAGCCUAAAGUUUGAGUUGUCUUUCACGUUUGUGAUAGUAACAGGGCUUACAACUGUCCCUUUUGGUGAAAACAAUCAAACAAGUUGUGUUCUCUAUUUCUCCUAUUCAACAUAGUGAAAAAAUUCGUUUAUUUAUUACAAGGUGUUAGUGUGGAAACUGCCAAGCGAUGGAAAGGGAGGAAGAGAGCAUCUGUUGCCAAGAAGUAGAUGCAGUUAGGAAUAAAAUUUUGGAGGAUGUCAUGGAGGAAUAG